AUGUCUCCACCGUCCUCAUUCUACAGCACCGACUCGGGCAACCCACCCCAUCCACAGCCCACCCUCGUUCGACCCGAGAGAAGCGACUCUCUCCCACAGAAAUAUGGCCAGCUUCCAGUCAUGAAUCUCCCGAAUAUCAUGCUCAGCGUGGCCGAAGCGCCCACGGACAAUGGCGAGAGCCAGCAAUCGCAAGCCGAGUCUGAGUCUGCGGAGCAGCAGAGGUAUGCGGCUCUCAUGCACUCAAUGGAUAUGAUGGAGGGAAGCUACAAGUACGCUGGAUUGGGGCUGACGCGCAGAAUUCCCGGUAGUGUUGCGCGGGGACGCGCUCUUGCGGCUCGUCGCUUGCGCUCUAGCAAGACGCUACCUUUGUCGCUGCGAGCAUGCUACAACGAGACGUCUAGUCCUCCUCCUCCUCCUCCUCAUGACGACAAUCCCCCGGCUCCAAUUGGAAAAUGGCACUGCUGCAAGUGUAAUUGUAGUCAUCAAGUCUACGCCUAUCCGCCCGACAACCAGCAUCCCAUCAGCGUGCUAGCCUGCGAGUGCACGCACAGUUCCUGUGCUAAAUGCACGCUCUCGGGACAAUUGAAGGCGUUUGUACCCAUGGUCGAGCCCGAAGUCGUGCCUUUGACUGAAGACGGGGCGAACACGAUUCGCUUCGGCGUCGUGUGUGACGGCUGCGGCGUGUCGUUGCGGGCGGAAAAAGUAGACGGUAGCAGCAGCAACAGCAGUACUACUUUGACUGCAAAAGAAGCCGUAAAGUCCGCGCUCCUCCUCGCACUUCCCAAACGGCUUCGCCGCAGCGAACCCCAGCACGCGUUGCCGCUGAGAAAUCUGCGUGCCUCGCGCUCCAUGGACAGUCUUCUCGCCGCCUCCCACGCCACUCUUCUCCCCUCCCACGGCGUCCCCAAAACUUCCAUUUCAGCACUCAACCUGCGCGCUCUCGCGCUCUCGAUGCAAAAAGCACACGGUGCGCAAGCCGCGCUCGUCGCCGUCCGCUUCUCGGGCCGGCCCUGCACGAAUUGCGGGCUGCAGACGCACAACGCCGCGUCGCUGUGCUUCCAGAUUGUGGAUCCGCCUCGCGAUUUGUAUCAUGUGAGGUUUGCGGCGUUGAUGGCGGAGCGCCGCGUGGAUGGCGACGUGGGGUUUGGCAGUUUGGAGAGGGAUAAGGAGAGGGGACAUGGUGAGGAGAGUGUGGUGUUGAUGGGUGGGAGGGUUGUGCAUCCAAAUCCCGUGAGGUGUCAUCCUGUUGGGUAG